GCUUUUUCAGCCGCAUGACCGGGCGCUACACUGCGCGUGGAAAACAUGAGCCAUUCAUGAGCUUCAUUUUUCCGACUGCGCAAUCCGUCGAUAGGUUUUGCAUCGCAACAAUGAGUUGAUUGUCAAUAACUCCCGUCAUGUCGGACUCGGACGCCGUACAAACAAUCACCUUGGCUCUCGAAGAGCCCGAGAGGCCUUUCUCGACGUACCCUCCACCGCGGGACGGCCCGCGGCGCGAGAUCUUGCCUUGGCCUGGCAGCCUUUGUCCCAUUUGCUUCGUCCUGGACUUUAAGCCCACGGACCUGCAUGCUAUUCACCGCUUGGCCACGGCUAGCCGACAUGGCGCGCGCAACACCUUGGUGUACCAGCACUAUCCAAGCAUCUACGAACUCCAACGUUCUGCUGCGGCCGGCUGCAAACUCUGCCGACUGCUGUGGAACGGACUGCGAGAGCCACUCAAGCGUAAGGAUGAUACCGGCACCAGCGAAAUCCACCCCGUCGUACUAUAUCUCUCAACAUAUCGGACAUGGGGGGCGAGGAAGAAUAUGUUACCGCUCGAAGACCAGCACAUCACCGUUGAAUGCGGUCCGGACCGUGCUAUGACAUUGGACAUCUUCAUGAGCCCAGAGUCGAUCCUACACGUCAAUCAGUACAAAGGCAAGGCAGCGGCCUUGCGUUGGAGAUCUGUUGAGAGCACCCCCCUGGUGGAAAACCAGCGAGGUCUUGGCGAGAUCGACCUUAGAAAGGUGUCACUCCGUGACCGGUCGGGUUCUCGCAUGGUGCACCGACUGGAAAGCCAAAGGUUUGUUGGCUUCUACGAACUUGACAGGGUCCUUCCAGCCGCCCCAGAUGUGUUUGGCUCGUCCUUGGACGUUCCGGAGUCAGAUCGCGAGGACAACGAGCACACGGGAAGCCUCGCAAACCUGAAGCUCGCUGCCGUUUGGCUCAAGCUUUGUGUUCAGACGCAUGGGUUGUGCACAUGUACCACCGACGCCUAUACCCGUCUCCCAAGAAGGUUAGUCUAUGUCGGGUCCAACGUCGAUGAAAAGAAUCCGUAUCUCUACGAGAGUAAUGGGCAGUUUGGGCGCUACGCAACGCUCAGCCAUCGAUGGCCCAAGAUACUCCAAGCACGGACUACUAGGGAUACUAUAGACGACUUCAAGAAGCGUAUUCCGUGGUCUAUCCUACCCCAGACCUUUCGAGACGCCAUCACGGUAUGCCGAACACUUGGUGUGACCUUCCUCUGGAUAGACAGCCUUUGCAUUAUCCAAGACUCGAAAGAGGACUGGGAGGUGGAAUCGGCCCAGAUGGGCAACUACUACUGGAACUCGUUCUUCAAUAUCGCCGCGGCCGUAGACUCGCGAGGCGGCGGCUUCUCGUCAGAACAGGGCUGCUUCCAGCCACGCGACCCCUGUGGCAUUCAGCCAUGCCACGUCCGCCUCCGCUACUGGCACGACCUGGAUAUCGUCGACGCGUCGGUGCACCUGGCGCCGCACAUUGCGAGGGAUACCGACUGGCGCUUCACCGAGUUUACGCAGCUCGACAGCCGGGCCUGGAUCCUCCAGGAGCGGAUUCUUGCGCCGCGCACGCUCUUCUUCGGUGAACACCAGAUCUCCUUCUCCUGUCUGACAAUGCGGGCCUCCGAGGCCUGCCCACACGGUCACAAGCUGCGCAGCGGUCUCGACAGCCACCUCCUAAUAGAGGAAUACCAGCACACGCUACGCUUCGAAUCGCUCUUCGCCACCCUGCGGGCGUCGUGCAUGCCGCCGACGCCGUGGCGGCCAGCCUUGUGGCAGUCCCAGACGAGACGAGACUUGGAUAGCAACAUUGCAAGGGGAGGACCUGAUGACAGAGCGAAAGAAGUCAUGUUCCACGCUAUGGCGGGGCUGCAGGCAAAGCUGCGCGCGAACCCAUCUUACCAGCGGAUGGUGUACGACCAGUGGUACGACUUGGUGACCGAAUAUAACUGCCGCUGUAUCACUAUCGAUACGGAUGUCCUCCCGGCUGUUUCGGGUAUCGCCAGUUACUUUAACAUGAUCACAGGUGACAGGUACUUGGCUGGCCUGUGGGAAGCUGACCUGAUUCCCGGCCUCCUGUGGAGCGUUGAUUUUGUGACGGCGCGACCGACGGCUCAAGGGCGGACGGGAGUGCCUUCCUGGUCUUGGGCGUCUCUCCGGUCUGAUACUCUUACCAUGUGGUACCUGGGCGUACGGAACGAGAUCAUGCGAUAUAUCACGGUGUUGGAUACGCAGGCGAAGGUCGACGGACCAAAUCGGUUCGGCACCGUCUCCUCAGCGCACAUCCAUCUCCAAGGGUACCUGAAGCGGGCCGUUGCCAAAGCGCCGGUCAAAAUGCCUGAUGUGAAGCCCGUGAAGGACAGCGAGGUUGGAACAAGGGGGGCGCGACCCCUUGACAAGAUGCUUCGCUACGUCCUGGUUGAGCCUCAGAAGGAGAGGUCUCCUUUCCUUCAUGAUGGCGAGUCUGGGGAUUGGCUCGCCGUGUUUGCGCCUGACUGGGCGUUCCUGCCGGGGUCAGAAACAUUAGCAGUGUGGUUACUGCCGAUCUUACAGGAUAAAGAUACCUAUGGCCGGCGGGGUGUUGCGUCUCUGGCUGUGCUCCCGAACGGUGAUGGGACGUGGCGACGCGUGGGGUUUGCGAGGCUGGACAAUGUAGAUUGGUUUGGGGGUGCUGAGCUCCAGGAUAUUGUUCUAGUUUGAUGAAUGCCUAUGCCCAGUAACUCAUGCCCUC